AUGCCCAUCACUGUCAUCCCAACAUCUCACGCCCCCAAGGCGCAUCCCGCAAUUGCGUCAGCCGAUUCCCUUGACCACCUGCUCCAGCUCUCAUGUCCGGAUACAUACCUCCCGAACGACACUCGCAUCGUCGCCUCAUCCUUCGAUGUUACCGGAGGGAGUGGCACCCGCAUCUACCCAUCAUCAUCUAGCUUUGUCCGUGCAGCCAUUGAGGCCUGGGGUCGCCACUCGCAUCUCGUAAUUCGGCCCGAGGAUGUGUGGUUCACAAUCCUUGUGCAGAUGAACUUCUUCAUGCAGAAGAAUGCCGAGUCUCUUCGACAUCUGUUCGUUUCGCACCGCGGAAAGAAACGUAUCGAAGUCUGGGGGGAUGACUGGCCGGAUGUGAUGGAUCGCUUUCAAGACCAUCUGCAAGCCGAGCUUCAGACCGAGUGGAUGAGCGACUGGGUCUCCCCAGGCUUUAGUACGAGCACCAUCGACGACGAGAGGACUGCCACUGUGCUCAUGAUGGGCUUGAUGAAGAGCUUCUUCGACUACGCAGGCGGCAUAAUCUGCGGCAUACCGAGUAUCACCAUACUGGGUACAAAGAGCGACUGGGAGCGCCUAUCCAGCAAGAUCGAUCGUCUUGACGACUUUGGCGACGAGCCCAAGGCUUACGCAAAGCGUCUUAGACCGAUCUUAUCCCGCAUCGUGCAGACAUUCGACAAUCCCGAGGCCGAGGAGACGAAGGAGUUCUGGGACCAGCUAGUGCAGGCCAAAGUAAAGCAUUCGAACGUUUGUGGAGAACCGCCGAGUCAAUACGUCGUGAGUGGGUGGAUCAUGGGACUCUACUACUGGGACUCCGAGGGCACCGUCAACCGAGUGUUCGCGCAAGGCUUCCCCGGAGAGCGUGAGUUUGACUUGGAGAAGCGACAAUACGCAAAAGAGAUCCGCACAAUGGUCCAAUACGAUGGCGUACUUUAUGGCGAAGCAGCUCUGGAGGAUCUUCCUGUCGGUUACGCAAAAGCCAAGUUCGAGAUGAUUAAUGAGCAUGGAGGUGAUGCGAGCAAGCCCUUCCAAGGCUGGGUGUUGGCAGGCAGCAUUGGGAAGCGAAUCGUCGACGGUGCGCCAGCUGGUUAUGAGAGGGCGCUUCAGUCCUCCUUUUCCCCAACUAAGUCUGACGUUGCUGGGAAAUCCUGUUCCCCGACUGAGCCUGACGUUGCUGGAGAACCGAAAAACCCAGGCUCUUUCUCCGGCCUACUUCGGAGCUUGAAUUGCUUCGGUGCGAUGGGCACAAGCACAUCGCCCUCUGGCUCGCCUCAGGAUGUGGCCAGAGGAGGCGAGAAGCAGCAGGUGAUGGGCAGCGCCACUCCAGAUACUCCAGAACACGGGCAUAGUACCAUCCAGCCGACCUCCGGCUGGUUCUUGUUCGGCCCAGACAAAGAUACGAACCCCUUCGUCGACUUCGGGGAGUUUGACGGACCGACGGUCGAUGCGAUCGACAGCUGCGAGAGGGUUGAGCACUUUGGCCAGUGUGUCAACUGCAGAGAUCUGAAACAUUACAAGAGGUCGCCGCCGGAAACUGUUCCAAAGUAG